AUGAGACUCGCUGAUUUUCCAAAAACGUUUGGUUUGAACGAACUCGCGAAAGGAUACUUCCCUCAUCUGUUCAACACAGCCGAGAAUCAAAACUACGUUGGACCCCUACCCCCGAGUCCAUUUUACCAUCCUGAUGGAAUGAGUCCUGAGGAGAAAGAAAAGUUUUUGGAAUGGCAUAAUGGUUUGAAAGAGAACAAUUACGUGUUCGACUUCCAACAAGAGAUUUUGACUUAUUGUCGAUCUGAUGUGGAUAUAUUACGCCGUUGCUGUCUAGAAUUUCGCGAGUUAUUUCGUGGUGUUACAGACAUUGAUCCAUUCGAGAAAUGUCUCACUAUUGCAUCGGCCUGUAAUCUUGUUUUCCGAAAGAACUUCCUAAAAGAAAACACCAUAGCCAUCAUUCCCCCUCACGGUUAUCGUCCCAAAGACAAGCAAUCCCUCUUGGCUUUAAAAUGGCUUUCGUAUAAGGCUGAAAAAGAAGACCUCUACAUUCAACAUGCCCGAAAUGCAGGAGAAAAGCGUGUUGGCAACUAUUUACUGGACGGUUAUGAUGAAGAAACCAACACAGCCUACGAGAUCAAUGGGUGCUUCUGGCACGGUAAGUUAACUCGAAUAAACGCCUCCUUCGAAUAAACACCUUGGAGUAAAAUUAUAUUAUUGUUUUUUUACAGGAUGUUUGAAAUGCUAUGCGCGGGACACGAUAAAUCCAGUCAAUGGCAAGACGAUGCAAGAUCUUCAUCAAGCCACAGUGGAGAAGAUGAGUUACCUGAAGGAUCAAGGUUUCAGGGUGUGUGAAUUCUGGGAAUGUGACAUCAGGAAAGAAAUGGAACAAGAUCAAGAUAUGAAGUGUUACUUUAAAAGCUACGAUCUGGAUAAUCCUUUGGAACCACGUGAUGCCUUCUUUGGUGGACGAACUAACGCCGCAAAACUGUUCCACGAGUGUAAAGAUGGUGAGAAAAUCAGGUAAGAUGUAAUAAAAAUGAUAAGAACAGUUAUGACGUCAGAGCAAAUAUAUUGAUGACGUCAUUUUUCACUUAGGUAUGUGGAUUUUACGAGUCUUUACCCAUGGUGCAACAAAAUGACGCGGACAGUUGUUGGCCAUCCCCGCAUCAUCACAGAAAAUGUUGAAGAUAUUUCCACUUACUUCGGCUUGAUUAAAUGCACGGUGCUUCCACCUCGAGGUCUUUUCCACCCGGUCUUACCUUAUCGAACUCAGGGCAAGUUGAUGCUCCCCUUCUGCAAGUUGUGUGCCGAUUCGUGCAACCAGACCCCUUGUACCCAUUCCGACAACGAAAGAGCCAUUCAAGGAACGUGGUGUAGCGUGGAGUUGGAGAAAGCAUUGGAGAAAGGCUACCAAGUCCUGCAACUCCACGAGGUAUGGCAUUUCCCUCAACAAUCGGACGAAUUGUUCAAGGACUACGUGAACACAUUCCUUAAAAUCAAACAAGAGGCCAGUGGUUACCCAAAGGACCGUACUACGGAAGAGAAGAAACGGCAGUACGUAGAAGAAGAGUAUCUUGCAGUUGAAGGAAUACAGUUGGAUCGAAGCAAAAUCGAGCACAAUCCAGGCAUGCGUGCGUUAUCCAAGCUCAUGCUAAACUCGUUUUGGGGUAUGUAUUUUAAACAGUGCAUGUAUUCUAAACUUCUUUUAGGUGGCAUCCGAACACGUGCAACGUUACCGCUACAAAUACUCAUAAUAUAUUUUUCGCCAUAGGUAAAUUUGCACAACGUCCCAAUAUGACCAAAGUCGAAUUGAUCAGUGACGUGCAAAAGUACUUUGACUAUCUGACGUCCGACGAAAUCAACGUGCUCGACGCAAAUUUCAUAAGCGAUGAAGUAAUUGAGAUCCACUACGAAAACAACGAAAAUUUUAUAGCGCCAAAUUCCAAAACGAAUGUGGUCAUCGCCGCUUUUACAACCGCUUAUGCCCGACUCAAGCUUUACGGAGUGCUGGACGAAUUGCAAGAAAGAGUAUUGUACUACGAUACUGACUCUGUGAUAUUUGUCAGUAAACCGGGAGAACCAGAGCCUCCGAUAGGUCCAUAUCUCGGUCAACUCACUGAUGAAUUAAAAGAAGGGCACAUUACAACCUUCAUAUCGGGAGGACCUAAAAAUUACUGCUAUCGGACCAGUUCCAACAAAGUAGAAACAAAGAUACGCGGUAUCACGUUGAAUUGCACCGCAAGGCAAGAGAUGAACUUUGACGUUAUUCGCUCAUUGGUGUUCCUCUAUGCAAAAUGUAAUGUCAAGGGACAAGUAACCGUUGAUAUCCCGUUCAGGAUAACUCGGGACACAAAGACAAAAAACAUUGAAACAAAAAGAAUGAAAAAGGACUACCGUAUUGUAUAUAACAAACGUGUAAUUAUUGAUGAUUAUAAAACAUUACCCUAUGGGUAUUAA